GCCAGAGUAACGGCUCACACCACCGCCCGCAGAAAAGCCAAAGCCCCCACCGGAGAAGACACACAGGCGCAGAGCAGGAGCCAGCCCACCACAGCGAGAACCACCGCCCCUCUUUCUCCUUCUCUCUCUCUCUCUGCCGGGCCGGAGACUGCACGAGCGCGGGCGCGGGCGGGCGGGGCGCGCGCGGGCGCGGAGGGGCGAGAGGAUGGAGUCCAUGGAGCCCAUGGACAUCGACUGGAACAGGGUGGUGUCGCGCUUCGUGCUGGACGAGACCUACGAGGGCAUCGAGGCGCCGCACUGGGCCGACCUCGCCGACCCCGAGGCCCGCACCGCCGCCGUCGACGACGACGCCUGGUUCUGCCGCCCCGAUUGCAAGCAUCCCAAGACGGCCGACGACUUCCUCGGGCACACCCCCAGCCCCAAGGCCAAGCUGCUGCGAUCAAUGUCCGCCAUGAUGCCCUUCGCCGAGAGGGACGCCAACCUCAGGGACGCCAAUAACAAUCUGAAGAGACGAGGCGCCGUCGCCGGCGGCACUGCCGCCUUUGCCUCGCCCACCAAGCCCAAGCCGCCGCCCAAGAAGAGGUUCCAGGACGACGCCGAGAACCAGGACCCCGCGCUGACCACGCCGCCCCCGGCGGCUGCCAGGCCGCCGUUCGGCGCGCAGCGCUGGGCCAAGAACGCCAAGGAGGCCAUCAAGUCCAGCGCGGAGAAGCGGCCGGACGUUGCUGAGAAGGAGGCGCUGCUCGGCAGGAACCCGGCGCCGAGGCAGCUCAAGAGCACUCUCUCGGCGAGGAACCUCUUCUCCGGGAAGGACAUACUUGGCCAGAUAUCGGAUUUCUACAAUGAGCUCAAGCAGCGGAUGGCCGGUGGCGGCAGCCAGCAGUGUGUCUCAGAGGACAUGGAGGAAAUGAGCCCACGCCCAAUAAACAGCAGUGAUGUGGUGGAGAAGGUGGAUUGUAGCAGCGGCGGCGGUGGUCGGGUUCUGCCGGACGCAGCGAAGAAGGUGGCGAGGCAAGGAACAGCAGAAAAGAGUCCAAGCCCAAUGAAGGGAAAGAAGAUUGGGUUGAAGGUGGAAGCAGGGAAGCAAAGAUCACCCUCUGUGUUGAAAGAGGUCAAGGCAACACCGCCUACUCCACAGCGGUUUCCAUCCCCCUAUGUAAACCGUGUCAAGAGCGUGAAAGCUGCAGGCGCAACAUCAAGCUCGCCACUCAAGAAGCCACUGAAGGAUAAGGUGACGCCUAAUAAGGAUCAGGAGAACAGCAGAGAUGCUAAGAGGCAACCUUUUGGGGUUAAAGAUAUGAACAACAACAGGGCUUAUGAGGCCGAAGAGAGCUCCAGUGGCGUGUUUUGGUUCUUGAAGCCCUGCACUUUCCUGGUGGAGUAGCAGCAAAAUAAUUCAGAGGCUUUAAAGCUACUGCAAUUCAUGUAGUUAGGAUCGAUUCUUUGUUUCAGUUUGAAAUACCCCCCAGUUUCUCCUAUUUGAUUGAUUCAUCUGAUGGACAUUCUGUCAGGCAAAUAAAUAGAAAGCAUAUGUAUAGUUACCAGUCAAGCCAUACAAGUUGAGAUAUUAAUAAUCCCAUGAGUAUAAUUCAAGAUAUAGAGAGAUGUUACUGCUCUUCUGCUAAUUGGUUGUUUGAGCAAAUGUACUAGAAAUGAUAUUAUUUUUCAAGAUAUAGAGAAAUGUUAUUGUUCUUCUUCA